GAUGUCUCUUUAUAAACUUUUUUGUAAAACUAUCAUACUCAAUGAGAUAAGGUAUCCUCCCCAAAAAAUUCUACCUAUAACCAAUAAUCUUGGAAUGAAUGUUAGAAGAGCUAAACAAGGAGAUAUUGAAAGAAUUUGUGAACUAUACAUGACAGCUUUCCCUGAGGAUAUGGAGUACUUGUUUGGAGAGCCUUUCACUGAUAUUGCAACUAAGUUUCUUAUACAUAACUUUACGGCUGACAAGAAUUUGAUUGCAAAUUGUUUGGUUGCUGAAAAAAAUGGUAAAGUACUCGGUGUUUGUAGCACAAGAUUUUCAGACUAUGUGCAUUACAAAGAGACUGAAGAUUUUGAUACUGAUAGUCUGUCAUUGAAGUCAAUUACGAGAAUGAUCUGCUCCUUCGGAAUGCUUGAUUACUUGUCUAGAGUGAACGAAGGAGAAUGCCUCAUUGAUUUUAUGGCUGUAGAUCCAGAAUUCAGAAAUAAUGGAAUUGGUCAAAUGCUCAUGCAUUCAGCUACAAUGAACGCGAUAGAUAAAGGAUGUAAACAAUUGUGUCUACUCGUUUCGCCGUAUAGUAUCAGAGCAAGGAAAUUAUACGAAAAAUUGGAUUUUAUCUUAGAAAGAAUGUAUAAGACUUUGCCAAUAUUUCUUCUUGGAGAUAGGACAAUGUUUAUAAUGGUAAAAUACCUACCGCCAACAUAUUCAUCAGAUGAAAAACAACAUGAAAGAAACGAUAAUAUAUCACUUCAAUGA